UAGGAAGAGAGAUACAUGAAAAGGGGUUGUGAGUUGAAGGAGAAAGUGAAGUUGAUGGUGGUGGAGGAACAAGUUAUGUCAAUGGAGCCUAUUCAACAAUUGGAGUUGAUUGAUAAUUUGUAUAGGCUUGGUAUUUCUUAUCACUUUGAGGAUGAAAUUGACCAAAUCUUGACUUGUUUGUAUCAACAACAUUACCUUUUAGAACGCGGGAGAUGCGUGGCAGAUGUGUUUGACAGUUUCAAGAACAAGACGGGCGACUUUAAAGCGAGUCUCAACGAUGAUACUAAAGGAUUGCUACAACUGUACGAAGCUUCUUUUCUUCUGACAAAAGGCGAAACAACAUUGGAGCUCGCAAGAGAAUUUUCCGCUAAUUUACUGCGCAAAAAACUCAACGAUGAUCGAAUUCACGACGACGAGGGCGGUAUUUUAUUGUUAAUGGUCCGGCAUGCAUUGGAGCUCCCGAUUCAUUGGAGGGUUCAAAGGCCAAAUGCAAGAUGGUUCAUCGAACAAGUCUACGAGAAAAGUCAACACGUGAACCCUAUUCUACUCGAGCUUGCCAAACUCGACUUUAACAUCGUUCAAUCGACUCAUCAACAAGAACUCAAACAUCUCUCUAGUUGGUGGGAGCAAACGGAGCUUGCAAAAACAUUGCCGUUUGCGAGGGAUAGGCUUGUCGAGAAUUACCUAUGGACCAUUGGUGGGCCGAUCGAGCCUCAAUAUGGAUAUCAAGAAUGUGUUGCAUGCAUGCAGUGGGCAGAUUUAUGCAAUACAUUUUUACAAGAGGCGAAGUGGUACUCGAUAGAUUAUACACCAACACUCGAAGAAUACAUCGAGAAUGGAUUGAUUUCGUCGUCCGUUCCUGUAAUACUAUCUCAUGCGUUUUUUGUCGUGACGAAUCCGAUACACGAUGAAGCCGUUAAAAGCUUGUACGAGCACAAAUACCACAAGAUAAUUCAAUGUCCAUCAAUGAUUCUACGUCUUUCGAAUGACCUAGCUACAUCAUCGGAUGAAAUGAAACGAGGGGAUGUGCCUAAGUCGGUCGAGUGUUACAUGAACGAAAGUGGGGCGGAUAGAGAAGUGGCGCAAGAGUACAUAAGGUCUAUUAUAUACGAGACGUGGAAAACAAUGAAUGAAGAGCGAGUAAUUACGGAUUCGCCAUUCCAGGAAAAUUUUGUGAGGAGUGCAGUUGAACUAGGGAGGAUGGCACAGUAUAUGUACCAGCAUGGAGAUGGGUAUGGAAUGCAUAUUCCUGAGAUGAAGGACCGUAUUGCAAAUUUGCUGUUUGACCCUUUUGUGUACACUAUUUAAUAUAUUUGCUAUUUUCGUAUUAUUAAUUUAUUAUUAUGUCACUCAUUUUGUAUUUCACAUGCAUUUAGUCCUAUAUUAAUAGGAUUUUUAUCCUCAUAACAAUUGUCGCAACGAAUUUAGUCAUCAAACUUGCCACUUUUUGAUAGUUUUAUUUGGGUGUCAAAUUUUUCUGUUAAAUUGAAUUGAAUCGUCACGUGCACCUCACGUGAGGUCGACUUGGCCCCCUACAAAUAAGCUGGAACUAAACUUCUUCUACCUCACCGUUAUCUCUUCUCUCUCCCAAAUAUUUAAUGCCUAAUUUCAGUUAGCGACGAAAAAAAUGGUGACACUUCCGUCCGAGUUAGUUGGAAAAUUUUACAGCCAACCGAAAAUGUCAAAAUAUGGUAAGAUUGAGAACUAAUUUCGUGAAUUUAAAAGUUUGAGGACUAAAAUCGCAUUUAGGUAUAGGACAAAAAGUGUAA